AUGCCGCCCGCAUCCAACUCGCCCUCCACCGCCCCGCCGCCUCCCUCCACCCCGGGGGCCACCAAGCCGCGCCCGCGCCACCCCCUGGGGCUGGACUCCCUCGCCUCCACCAGCCGGCCCCUCUUCGCCGCGGCCCGCCGGUCCCCGGUCGCCACGCUCGCCUGCGCCAUCACCCUCCUCGCGCUCAUCAUGUACGGCGAGGACGCGCGCACCAUCGCGGAGCUCUCCAUCGACGACUACCUCUACCCGGACGCCGACAUCUACAACGUCUCCGGCCUUCCCCCCAUCAAGCUGCCCCCGCCCACCUGCGACCUCGCCCACGGCCGCUGGGUCUUCGACAACGAAUCCCUCCCCCUCUACCGGGAGAAAGAGUGCAACUUCCUCACCAAGCAGCUCACCUGCCUCGCCAACGGCCGCAACGACGAUUUAUGGCAGUACUGGCAAUGGCAGCCCAACAACUGCUCCCUCCCCACAUGGUUGGUUGGUGAAUCGUGGAUGGAUUCGAUCAGGUUCGACGCCAGGAGGUUCAUGGAGAGGAUGAGGGGGAAGCGGCUCAUGUUCGUGGGGGACUCGCUCAACAGGAACCAGUUUUACUCGCUGGUGUGCAUGGUGCAGUCCAUCUUGAGCAAGGGGAGGAAGAAGGUGGUCAAACGGGGAUCAAACACCAUCUUCCACGCCAAGGAGUACCGCGCCACGCUCGAGUUCUACUGGGCGCCAUUCCUUGUCGAGUCCAACUCUGACGACCCAAAUAUCCACAGCAUCGAGCACCGGAUCAUACGGCCCGAGAGGAUCGAGGGACACGCCCAGUAUUGGAGGGGUGUGGACUACCUCAUCUUCGACACCUACAUCUGGUGGAUGAACACCGCCGACAUCAAAGUUCGGAGGCCAGAUUCAAGGUCUUGGUCCGAGCACGACGAGGUGCCGAGGAUCGAGGCAUAUGGCCGGGUGCUCAAAACGUGGUCGGACUGGCUGAAUGAGAAUAUCGAUCCGGCGCGGACAUCCGUCUUCUUCAUGACAAUUUCUCCUAUUCACAUCAGCCCAGAUAAAUGGGGAAACCCCCACGGGAUCAAAUGCGCGAAGGAGACGCUCCCGGUGCUCAACUACACGGAGCCCCUGGACCUCAACCACGACAUGCGCUUGUACGACAUGGUGGCGAGCACGGCCAGGUCCAUGAAGAAAGUGCCGGUCACGCUCAUCGACAUCACCAGGAUGUCGGACUACCGGAAGGACGCCCACACGUCCGUCUACUCCGUCCGGCGGGGCUACCUGCUGACCCCGAAGCAGAAGAACGACCCUGAGAAGUUUGCCGACUGCAUCCACUGGUGCCUUCCCGGCGUGCCCGACGUCUGGAACACCGUGCUCUACACGAGGAUCUUCUCGAAAUCGCCCCCUUCUUCGCCGCCGGCUCUCGCCCUCCCGCCUCCCCAGUGA